CUCUCUCUCCCGGCUGRGCGUGACGUUCAGGCCCCGCCCCCUCCUUGGCCCUUCUCUCAGCUUGGGCGCGCGACCGGAGWGAAAAGGAAGAGGAAAGCAUGUUCGUCCCUCUGAGAUGGCUCCGCGAGACUCCCCGCCACCUGCUGGUGUGCGAGAGGAGCCACGUGCGGCACGAGCGCUCCCGCCACGCGGCGCACGUGCGCAGCCACGCCUUCAAUUGCCGGGUGUCCUUGUUGAUCCCUGAAUGUGGAAUGGUUCCAGAAAUACUGAAAAAUGCAGUUGGAGACUUUGGGGAGUACUACUUGGUGAAGAAAUUGCCCCUUCAUGAGUUUGUAACAGAGGAGUUUAUUAAUACAUUUGUGAAAAAAGGGUCAUGUUAUGCUCUUACAUAUAAUACAAGGAUUGACCAAGACAAUACUGCUGCUCUACUACCAACAGGCAAACUAAUUAUAUCAGUAGACAAGGACACAUAUGAAGAACUUGGAUUACAAGGCCAUCCUUCCCUUUAUUCUGGUAAAAAACCAAUGAGAUACAUUAUUACUGUUAACCUGACUGAUUUAGCCUCUGACCCUCAUAGCAAGAAACAUAGCAGAGUGAUUUGGGCCUUGAAAGAAAAAAAGCCCCUGGAGUUUGAUUUCUUAUUGGCCUGGCAUUACACAGGUUCAGAAGAAUUAAGCUUGAAAUCAUAUUUCUCCCAAAAUGAAAUACACACCUAUCAGCCAAAAAUAACAUUCAGCACAUUAAAAAAUGUCCAGUGUCCAGUGCUGGAGAAUAAUAAACUGCAAGGAGAGCCAGAAGCUGCGUGCAGUGCACAGGAACUCUUUGAAUGGCUUGGUGCCAUUUUUAAUAAUGUUGGUUUGGAAAACACAUCUUCUAGUUUCUUAUCAACCUAUUCCUGUCCUCAGCCAAGCACGCUGGUCGAUCAGGCUUUGUUGUGUACAAUAACUGGAUUUAUACUCCCAGAGAAGAUAACUCAUUUAUUGGAACAGAUAUGUUGCUAUUUUGAAGAACCAAAGUUGGCUCAGUGGGCUACUCUGACUGUGCAUGGCUUUGCUGACACCCCUGUUUCCUGGAGAGAAAGUGAACACAGUUUCUUAAAGGGGGGAGAGAAUUUAUACAAUUUUGUAAUUUUUAGGAGCUUGGACUACUGGCUUCAGAUGGCAGUAGGAGCGUAUGAUGAUUGUCCUUAAAAUAGUGGUCAUUGACACCACUCAAAGAUGUUACAUUAAAUAGGGUGUAAGAUAUUUAUUACAUGUCUGACUUAAAUAUAAUGUUUUAAAAAUGUUAUCAUAAUGUUUUUUUAAAAAAUUGAUCAGAAAACUGCAAUUUGUUUUUUAUAUAUUUUUGAGAAUUAUAUAGUAAGGUAAAAAAAUAAAGACUACAACAGUAAAAGUGCCUUUUUCAGAGUUAUGGUAUUUCGAUGAACCCCUGGCCUCACUGUGGAGCUGAUUUGUUUUGUUCUUUUGAGGACAUAAUUAAAAAUAGAAUAAAAAAGCAAUACCAAUA